AUGCGGAAGCAAGUCACGAGUCCCGCACAUCGAGAGGCGCCUUUCACGCUCCAGAGGGCCCCUGCACGCGUGCCUCCUGAUCGCGAUUUCACCAGUGCAGUAGUAGCUUGCAAGCGCCCGCAUUAUGUGAAUCCGUGCACCCUCGUGAAACCGAACAAUGUCGCGGACUGAGCUUGUGCAGAGAGGAGAGCACGGGCUACUGGAACGUCGUAUCAGCCUAGAUUCUUUAUCGUAG